AUUCUUCUGCAAAAUCCUCUCUCUCUCUCUCUCUCUCUCUCUCUGUGCUCCUCUGCCUGCCUCCCUUCUCUGCGCGCCUGUAUAUAUAUAUAUAUAUAUUCAUUCGUCACUCCCCCACACCCGGAAAGUCUCCCUCUUCACUUCUCCGAAGAGAGAUCAGAGGGCUCCAAAUAAGAAUCACUGAGUUUCUUGGGAGCAGGCGACGAAGAAAAUCAGAGGACUUGGGAAAGAUUCAUCUGGGCACACUCCAUUCUGGGCAUUGGGUGUGAAACACUUAAAGAGUGUUGGAAGCUCAUCGUCUGUGGUUCAUGGUUUACGGGCACACUCGGGAAAGGCCCAGGAGAGCGGUUCCGAAAAAUUCUGGGGUUGUUCUAUUUUGUGGGAAUCAGCCAUGAGGGUGAACGCCGAGAUUCUUAGCGAAGGAGAAGAAGAGGAGGAGACAAAGAAGGGCAAGGAUGUAGGUUUGCAGAAGAUGGUGGUUGGGUACGCUUUGACUUCCAAGAAGAAAAAUAGCUUCUUGCAGCCAAAAUUUGAAGCUCUUGCGAGAAACAAGGGGAUAUUUUUUGUUGCUAUUGACAGUAACAAGCCCUUAGCAGAUCAAGGUCCUUUUGAUGUUGUCCUACACAAGCUAUUGGGAAAAGAGUGGACUGAGAUCAUUGAGGAGUACCGGCAAAAGCACCCUGAAGUAACUGUGCUCGAUCCACCUGAUGCUAUAGAACAUUUACAAAAUCGCCAAUCCAUGCUAGAAGAUGUGGCAGAGCUAAACUUUUGUGACGGCAAUGGAAAAGUUGGGACUCCGAAGCAACUGGUUAUCGAGAAGGAUCCACAAUCAAUUGCACAUGCUGUUGAGGUGGCUGGCCUGAAGUUGCCACUAGUGGCUAAACCGCUAGUGGUGGAUGGAAGUGCAAAGUCGCAUGAACUAUUUCUGGCUUACGAUCAGAACUCUCUGUCAGAGCUUGAACCUCCUUUGGUUUUACAAGAGUUCAUCAAUCAUGGUGGUCUUCUCUUUAAAAUUUACAUCGUUGGGGAGGCUAUAAAAGUUGUCAGGCGUUUCUCUCUACCAAACGUCAGUGAGCAGGAGCUCUUGAAAGUUGGUGGUUUUUUGCGGUUCCCUAGGGUUUCUUGUGCUGCAGCUUCAGCUGAAGAUGCAGAACUGGACCCAGGAAUUGCUGAACUUCCUCCAAGACCUUUGCUGGAAAAGCUUGCGAAGGAACUCCGUUCCCGUCUGGGCCUUCGGCUGUUCAACAUAGAUAUGAUUCGGGAGCAUGGGACCCGAGAUACAUACUAUGUCAUUGACAUCAAUUACUUUCCAGGUUAUGGGAAGAUGCCUGAUUACGAGAACAUUUUCACUGAUUUUUUGCUGAGCCUCGGGAGACAUAAGAAGAGGCCUACUACUUAACCAGUCCCCAUUUCAUCUGCAUAGCAUACUGAAGAACUAAAUCUAAUUUAGCUACCAAUAACUGACUGGUAUAAGAUUCAUUUUCUGAGGUACAUGAGCUCAUUUCUGGUGGCCUUUGUUUUUGCAAUUGGAAAGGCAGCAGGCCCAAGUUUCUAACCAUACACAGAUUCGCGUAGCUUUGCCUCUGUUAGUGUCUCUCUUUUCUUUGUUUCCAUCAGGACCUUGCAACUCCUGAAUCUCUGUUGACCUGAACGGAUAAAUCUCUUCUUGUUUGUAACCUGGGAAGUUGCGAUCUCAUUGUCAAUUUAAACCUUGAAGUGAUGGAAGUGCAUUGGGUGCUCGGUCAGUGUUGGCUGGGUAGAUUUGUUAGUGAGUGUUCUGCAGGCUUGGCAAAUAUGGUCGAUCAAUUAGAUGAACUGAACAAAGACGACGCUUGUAAAUAAAGUGGCAGUUCAAACUGCAGCCACAGGGGGUUUUAUUGAUUCAA